AUUCUGAAAAAUAACACUGGGUGUCAGAAUUAUAAACUCAAAAAUAUCAUCCUAUCGAAAACACACUUCUUUUACAUUGGAGAUACUAGAUCUACUCUGUAAUAUAUAAUUAUAAUGAGUUCAAGGUGACCAGCAUCAAUCUUUGAAACCCUGAGAACCCUACGGAUAUCUCGAGCAGGAUGCCUCGGCCCAUCAUAUCUAAUAGCACAAAAUGCCUGCUAUCCCGCAGAAGUCUACUGUUCUCGAAUCAAUGGAGACUGUUGAGCCGGUUUCACAACAGCUCAAGAGACAUAUCACAUCAUACACGGGCCACAACAUCUGCUAUAACAGCUCUUAGCUUUCCCAAAGCAAGACAUAUAAUCCCAGCGGUGCCCUCGUCACUGAACCGACGGGAGGCCCAUACCAUUGACUCACCAUCUUCCCCGGUCGUUCCGGAACCCUACUCUCCGCCCACCUCCGGCAUCCUCUCACGCCUGCCCAAAUCAUGGGUACCCUACGCGGAGCUAAUCCGCAUCGACAAGCCGACAGGGACAUACUACCUCUACUUCCCAUGCCUCUUCUCAACCCUAAUGGCCGCACCCCUCGCAACCCCCACAGCGACCCCUCUCUCCGUAAUCAGCACCUCAAUCCUCUUCUUCGCCGGCGCCCUCGUAAUGCGCGGCGCAGGAUGCUCCAUCAACGACCUCUGGGACCGCAACCUCGACAAACGCGUCCGCCGAACGCGUCACCGGCCACUAGCCCGGGGCGCCCUAACCCCCUUCCAAGCGCUCACCUACACCGGUGCACAACUCCUAACCGGACUAGCCAUCCUCCUGCAAUUCCCAACCCCAUGUCUCUUCUACGGGAUCCCAAGUCUGCUCUUCGUAGCCUCGUAUCCUCUCGCCAAGCGCGUGACAUACUACCCGCAAUUCGUUCUCGGGCUUACGUUUUCCUGGGGUGCUGUUAUGGGAUUCCCGGCUUUGGGUGUUGAUUUACUGGCGAAUAGUUCUGCGCUUGGUGCUGCGGCUUUGUUGUACGCGAGUAAUGUGUCUUGGACUGUGUUGUAUGAUAUGAUAUAUGCGCAUAUGGAUAUUAAGGAUGAUGCGAAGGCGGGGAUUAAGAGUAUUGCUCUUAAGCACGAUGCGGAUACUAAGAAGGUCUUGACAGGCCUGGCUGUGGUACAGAUUGGUCUACUUGGGGCCGCGGGCAUGGCGGCUGGUGCUGGACCGGCGUUUUUCGUUGGGAGUUGUGGUGGAGCUGCUUUGACUUUGGGCUGGAUGAUAAAAAGAGUAAACCUUAAGAGUGUUAAGGAUUGUUGGUGGUGGUUUGUUAAUGGGUGUUGGAUUACGGGUGGAGUGAUCAGCUUGGGACUUGGGGCGGAUUAUUUGGUGAGAUACGUCCAAGACGAGCAGACGACGGAGGCGACAAAUUAAUACUGUACGCUCUCUAAAAAUCAGGUUGUACUAUAGUUUGGCAUAGAAAGGCACGUCGUAUCAGAUUCGGAGUUGAGGGUUGAGCACUCUUCGCUUCGCAUUCAUUGUGGAUCUACACUUUCAGCAUCACAAUAAAUCUCAAACAAGACAUUUUACAAU